ACUUGAGAUGGUAUCCAAUCACAGCUUUCUUUACAUUUGGACAUUUUACAAUCAGCUAGACGAAAUCGACAAGGUGAAAUAAAAUCGAGAGGACAAAAAGACGAUCAGAAAAAUGGAGAAGCUUACAGAAAUUGAGUUCACUGGGAUAAGUGUACAAGAUAAAGAGCCUCGGAACUUCUCUAACAAUGCUUCCAGCAUUCUGAUCCAGGAAGAUGAUAUUGAAACACCCUUUGGAAAUCUUCAUGUUGCCAUACAGGGAGACAAAUCAAAGCUCGCUAUUUUAACAUUCCAUGAUAUUGGCUUGAACAGUAUAACAUGUUUUCAAGGAUUCUUCAAUUUCACUGAUAUGCAGCCCAUUUUGCGAAAUUUCUGCGUGUAUCAUGUCAAUGCCCCCGGACAGGAAGAUGGAGCUCUCCACCUGCGGCCGGAGCAAGAUGCCCUAGGCAACCCAGAGUCACUGGGUAACAGUUUCACCUAUCCCACUAUGGAUCAGUUAGGGGAGGCGAUUCAGUCAGUGGUCGAUCAUUACAAGAUCAAGAGAUUCAUUGGCUUUGGUGUUGGAGCUGGAGUCAAUGUGCUGAGCAGAUAUGCUCUUAACCAUCCAGAAUUUGUGGAUUCUCUGGUGCUGAUAAAUGGGACAUCGGACAAGGCAGGCUGGAUUGAGUGGGGAUAUCAAAAGCUGAACUCUUGGUAUCUUUGGCGCGGAAACAUGACGACCUUCACGGAGGACUACCUUCUUUGGCAUUGGUUUGGAUCUAAAACCCAGUGGGAGAACUACGAUUUAACAACAGUCUACAAGGAAUACAGCAAAAGCAUUAACCUUCAAAACCUAUCUCUGUUCAUUGAAUCAUACCUAGCGAGGACCAGUCUGGGGAUAGAGCGAGAACUGGAUCCAGUGAGAAGAAUUGGAACAAAAACUCUACAGUGCCAAACUCUUUUGGUUGUUGGUGAUGAUUCUCCUCAUCUGGACGAUGUUGUUGAAUUUAACGGAAAUUUGGAUCCAGAGAAGACAGAUUUUCUCAAAAUUCAGGAUUGUGGAGGCAUGCCUUUGGAAGAACAACCUGGCAAAGUCUGUGAAGCAUUCCGUCUCUUCCUACAAGGAAUGGGAUAUGUUCCAACUCUGCGUCAGAAGACCAGCACCGUGUCUCAAGUCCAAAAAAACUACCAGCAUCAACUGGAGGAUUACAAGGACAUGAACACUGUGUGUUAAUUACUGGACAUGAACACUAUGUUAAUUACUGGACAUGAACCCUGUGCUGAUUACAGGACAUGACUAUGUGUCUGUAGUAGUGAUACGCAAACUACCAAAAGGCCCAGAACUUUCACUAUAACAGAACAUUCUUAAUGUAUUGCCCAUUUCAUUGUAUCGUUGACAUUGAAGUAGAUUUGUAUGUUUCAGGUUGUCAAAGUACUGGGAGGGCUAUGAAGUACCAAAACUUCAUGUUUUUACAUUUUUUUUAUGUGCAAUGCUUGGAUGUGUUCUAUUUACGCCUUUAACAACCUAAUCAGAAAAAGUGGGAUGUGGCAUUUAUUUUGCAAAUCACCGCCAUUGUAGAAAAUAAGAUUAAAGAAACUUACAUGAAUGAAUGCAAGAACCUAAAUUCAAAGUGUAGUCAAAACAAUGACAGAGGUGUGUGAGAAUCUCAUUGAAUACCGUAAGGUGAAGAAAGUGAAGGUUUUUAUUAAAACUAUAAUAUCUUUAAUCUUUGUAGUGUUGUGACUAGUUUUUUGUCCAAGAUUUAUUUAUCUCUGUACAUGAAGAAUCACGUAUUAAACACAGUUUCCACACAUUAAAGGUGACCUAUUUAUAGCUGCUUCUUUGAAAGCCAUAUUGACAGCAUAUCUGCAUUUUGAUAUAUUGUUCACCAAAUCAAUUUAACUUCUUUGCAUUUCAGUAAAUGUUCAGGACGUUUGAGAAGGUGAUAUUUAUCGUUAUGGAUAUUUUAUACUGUACAGUCUAUAUAAAUGUGUACCUUGUUAAUUUUUUUCAUGCUACUUGUAUUAUAAUGUACAUAAGAUUUGGUUAUUAAACUGAUUUGUUUACUGUUUUAUUAAUAAAUAAUGAAAUUUGAA